GAAAUAAUUAGUUUUUCAAAUGGAUAUUGACAAAUAAUUAGAGAUUUUGAGAAAUGGGAGAUGCUUAUGUGAACGAGAUACUCAUUUGAUUUGUGAAUUGGCUAAGGAAAUUUUGAUAGAGGAGUCAAAUGUUGUUCAAGUCUAAACACCGGCAAUAGUAUGUGGAGAUAUACAUGGAUAAUAUUUUGAUUUAUUGGAACUUUUCAAGUGUGGAGGACAAUUACCAGAAAAGAGGUAUGUAUUUAACGGGGAUUAUGUGAAUCGAGGGUAAUGUGAUGGAUUAUUGAAGACAUCAUUCAGUCGAGACAUUCUUAUACUUGUUAUGUUUAAAGAUCAAAUAUCCAAAAGAGAUUAUAUUGUUAAGAGGAAAUCAUGAAUCAAUAGCUGCAACCUAAGUGUACGGGUUGUAUGAUGAAGUGAGAAGUAAAUUUGGAAAUCUAUAUGCUUGGCAAUACUUUAGUGAAGUAUUUAAUUAUUUACCACUGUGUGCAUUGAUAGAUCAAAGGGUUUUUUGUGUGCAUGGAGGACUGUCUCCUUAAAUAAAUAAUAUUGAUUAGAUUCGAGUUAUAGGUUUCACAUCCAUUUUAUAUGAGAUUAGAUCGAAGAACGGCAAAGGAUUAUGAAGGUCCAAUUAGUGACUUGUUAUGGUCAGACCCAGACGAAGAUUUGGAGGGUUGGGCUGUGAAUAACCGUGGGGCUGGAUAUUAAUUUGGGAGGAAAGUAGUUGAUCAAUUUAGUCAUAUUAAUGGAUUAAUUUUGAUUGCAAGAUCUCAUCAAUUAGUAAUGGAAGGAUAUAAAUAUUAAUUUAAUGUAAAUAUAGGAUCUAAGUUUAGAAAAAAUUAGUAACAGUAUGGUCAGCUCCUAAUUAUUGUUAUAGAUGUGGAAAUAAAGGAUGCAUUUUGGUUUUGGAUGAGAAUUUAGAGUAGAGCUUCUAACUUUUUAGAGAAUCGCCAGAGUCAUCUCAAGGGCUCUUUCCUUCAAACGUGUUACCUUAUUUUUUAUGAAUUUAUUAUCGCAAUAUAUUUUAUUCAAUAAUUAAUUAGAAAUAGCGAAUAAGUAUAAUAAAUUUAUUUAAUGAAAAAGAUAGCACCAAGUUUGUUGGAUUAUUAAUCUGCAGGCUAGGGAUAAUUGUUGAAAUAUAUUCAGACAUUGAGGGAAGCGGAGCAGAACAGCAUUCUUCAUAAAUUACAGAAAUAUGAUAUUAAAUAAUUGUAUCAUGUAAUAUAGUGUUUAGAAGUUAGGUUUAUCAAUAAUUCAAAGCAAAGAUAGUUUAGAUGACACCAUAAGAGACAAUCAGAUGUUUGGAGUUUGAUUAGAAGGACGAAGAGAUUGGAUAUACAACAAUAUCAGAGGGCAAACGUAUACGGCAAUCCUCACUAUUUAGUGGCAAUCGUUAUGAGUGCUCAGCAAAACAUUAGUUUGUUAGACAUCCAGUUGCCUUCACAUAAGUGUUUGUUACAAUUGCAUUGCGAACGAAUUUGGAGUCUUUAGAAUGUAAUCAAAUAGCGUUGUGGAAUGUGUUUACCAAUAUUGAUAUUCAUUAUGACCACCAAUAUUAAUCAUGAUAUGAUUACUUGUUUAUUUCAAGAAAAAAAUCAUUUUGGCUUGUAAGAAGAUCAGAUCUUUUUUAUUUAAUAAGAUAAUCUACCCUUAUUUAGCAUGGAAGGUCAAAUUCUAUUUAGUAAUGAAUCUUAGAUUUUUGAUGAUUGCAUUGGUGAUGGAUACAUAUUUUUAAAUUAAUCAGUUUUAGACACUAUGAAAUUUUUGGGAAUCACUAUCCUUCACCUAUGCUCAAUAGAAAAUGUACUUUGUAAAUUUGGAGAUCCUCUAUGGAUUGGUGCUUUCAUUAGAAAUCAAUUAUAUUUGAGUGCAAAAUGUGUACCGAAACGUAGUAUCGAUGAAAACCUAGGAAUCAUUGUCAAUUAAUCAAGUUCAGGUUUGUAAUACAAAGGUAUUUAUAAAUGUAAUUUCAUGUCUAGAGUAUGAUGAAAUCUCUUAUUCUGAUUUGGUCAAAAAAGAUAAGAAUGGAAGUUUGGCUAAUCCUGAUGGAGUCAUUGGUUAGAUCCUAUGUUCUCUUGAUUAUGCCCUUGAACUUUGUUGCAAUUAUAAAAACCAUAUUUUGUCUAAGUAGAGAUUUACAAUCAAACUAGUUUCCAUAUUCGAUAAAAGAAAUGUACAUAUUUUGAUUACAUAACUUCCAGUUUAAUCAAACCCAUGUCAUAAUCUAAUGCUCUUAAAUUCGAAUUGACAUUUUACUAAGCUAUUCCUUAUUGUCCUAUUCAAUCCUUUGGAUUAUUCAGAGUCAAAAGGGAAUAUGAAUAUGCUCCCAUCCUCAAUCCCCCAAGUGAAAACAAAGAUACUAUUCAUACUGCACGUCAGGCCUAUAUGCGUAGAGAUCAAAAAUGGAUGUCUCAAAUAGGAUUUGAUGUCAAUUCAGAAUUUGAGAUCUCGCCCAAAUUAACUUAUUUUGGAGAGGGUUUGGAAGAGGCUACAAAAAAGUAGAUAAAAAAUAAAUUAUAAAUGCCACUUAUUCUGCAUAGUGAAAAAUAAAUUAGAACAGUUAGAGUUAACAGUGUUCAUAAUUAAUAACCUUAAAGUUCACCUAACAAGUAUUCUUCUUAAACUGUUAACAAUUAAAGUUUCGUCUAAUAAAAAAUGAGCAUUCAUCAAAGCUUGAAUCAUCUGAAAUAACCUAUCGCAAACUCAUUAGUUACUCCAACUAAUAAUUAAAGUUUCCAAUUGUCAGGUAGAAGAAGCAUCGACUAGAAACCAAGUAGAUAGACUGAUUAUUAUCAUAGACCUAAUCUAAAUUAAUUAAACACACCUCUAUUUUAAGUACCUAACACUUAUUAUCUACCAAAAAAAUGA